AUGGCUCGGGGCCAAGCGGGCGGCACGCAGUCGAGCUCUCAUAGAGAAAUGAAGCUGUUUCUGCGCAACCGCAUGUGGCGCGACCACUGGUAUGUGCUAGUUUCCGUGGUCGUGGUCAUGGUGGCGCUCUUCAGCUCGGCCUUCCUGCAGUUCUCGACGUCACAGGACCACGUGUAUCGGCUCGAGGUGACGGAUUCGAAGCUAAUGGAACGUGUGUUUCGCUCUGGAGAACCGUGGGUGGUGCUAUGCUCGGGUCCGGACGACGUGUUGCCCGAAGUUUUUGACAAAGUGUCGCCGCGUCUUGCUGGCAAGAGCUUCGUGGGCGUAUUGGACUGCAAACAGAAGCUGCCGGCAUCAGGCAAGUCCGUGCUUAAGCGCUACGGCAUCAAGAGCAGCAUCUCACCCACUAUCUUCACGGUGGCCAACGGGGAGAAACCCAAGCAGGUCUUCCUCAACUACUUACAGUCGCCUGCCGCACUGGCUAAACACGUCACAGCUCGGACGAAGAAGGCCAUGCAGCAGGUGCAAAACUCAGCGCAACUGGAAGCUCGUUGUCUGUCUAGGCCCAGUUGUGUGCUCUUCCUGCGCGGUCAGAGAUUCCAGCCCUACGAGAAGCAAUGGAUAGACGAGCUGAUGCACAAACAUCGCACGCUGAGCUUCGCGUGGAUUGACGCAACGAGCUUGAAGCUGUCGCUCGAGAAUAUGCUGCCGGAUGCUCAACGUGGAGAACACCGCAUGGUGCUCUUUCGACGCCAGCGCGAUCCUGAUACAGGCAAAAAGGUGCUGGUGGCGAAGGCGUUCCGUGGUGCUGCGUUUGAUGCCGUGUCUGUGGGAGCGUUCCUCGACGACUAUGCCCAUGCAGACUCCCUCAAACCACUGGGAAAGACUCCCAAAGUCUUGCGAAAGAAGAAGAGUCAAACUUCGCAGCCAGACCAGUCGGGAGAUCGCGAGCGCAGGCAUCCCAACCGUAGGCGUCACAAUCGUCACAAGAAGCGCGUCUCUGAGGAGGAGAAGGACGACGCCUAUUACUUCCCACAGCAUCAGGACGAGAGCGACGAUGGAUCGAAUGUGAUCGAUGACGUUGAGGAGGAGGAGGACGUGCUGGACCUCGACGACGAAGACUAG